AUCUAGAAUCCACAACUUCUUCAACAGCAUCUGUUAGCACCAAUACCAAAGGGUCAAACAGAAUGUCUUACACCACACGCAAGGUUGGCGCGGCCAACACGCUCGAGCACCGCGUCUACAUUGAAAAGGACGGCCAGCUCGUCUCGCCAUGGCACGACAUCCCGCUCUACGCCAACGAGCAGCAGACGGUCCUCAACAUGGUGGUUGAGGUGCCCCGCUGGACCAAUGCGAAGAUGGAGAUCUCCAAGGAGGAGCAGCUCAACCCCAUCAAGCAGGACACGAAGAAGGGUAAGCUCCGCUUCGUCCGCAACUGCUUCCCCCACAAGGGCUACCUCUGGAAUUACGGUGCCUUCCCUCAGACAUGGGAGGACCCCAAUGUCGUCCACCAGGAGACCAAGGCCAAGGGCGACAACGACCCAUUGGACGUGUGCGAAAUCGGUGAGCUCGUCGCCAAGCCUGGUGAGGUUAUCCAGGUCAAGGUGCUCGGUGUCAUGGCUCUGCUUGAUGAGGGUGAGACCGACUGGAAGAUCAUGGUUAUCAACGUGAACGACCCGUUGGCCCCCAAGCUCAACGACGUCGAGGACGUUGAGCGCCACCUCCCUGGUCUUCUCCGCGCCACAAACGAGUGGUUCCGUAUCUACAAGAUCCCAGACGGAAAGCCCGAGAACCAGUUUGCCUUCUCCGGCGAGUGCAAGAACAAGAAGUACGCCAUGGACAUUGUCCGUGAGUGCGCUGAGGCGUGGGAGAAGCUUGUCACCGGCAAGACCCCCAAGGACGAGAUCAGCCUCACCAACACCACCGUAUCGCACUCCACCGACCGUGUCGACGCUAGCUCAGUCAACGUUCCCCAGGGCGAGAACAAGUCACCCGCCCCCAUUGACCCCAGCAUCGACAAGUGGUUCUACAUCUCCGGUGCUCCGUCCAACUAGUUCUAGCGGAAGCCCAUCGUCAUCACAGCAGGAGGUUAUAAAGCAGCAAUGCAUCCAUACUGCAUGAAUACCCAAUUGGAGGCUCACCCUGGAUAAAUUUUGGGGCGGAGAACAAGAGGGCAGACGACAAAUAGUAAAGGAGUGUACAUGAUUAAUGCCGACCAUUGACGGUACAUAAACUCAUGUGGAGAAUAACAAAUCGUCAUCUCCGCUUUAGACUCGAA